AUGGCCAUUGUUGACAACAGCAAUCUGGCCAGGUACCAAUUUGUGUCGACAGGCGACAUCAUCUCGCUCAAUAUCUCGCUCGUCGCACUCUCCCUGAUCGCCGUAUUUUUCUGGCAACGGUGGCGACAUGCGCAGUCGAAGAGCCAUACAAUCGCCACCAGCCUACUGCUCUUUAGCUAUGCGACGAGCUUCUUCUUCAUCCUCGUGGUAACUGUCCUGCUACACAUCAACCACGACGAUGACUUGGGAGUCUGCAGUGCCACAAUCAUAUCAUGCCUCACAUUACACAGCAUCUCCAAGGGCUCGGAUUUCCUGUUCCUCAUCGAGCGCGCACACAUCAUCAGCUGGCCAGUCAACCCGCGGCACAAGACUAUCGAGUACGUUGCCAGUGUGCUGCUCAUCAUGGUCCCAUACGCCGGAGUCACCGUAUUAGCUAUUGCCUAUCGCACCAUGGAGGACUCUGCCGAGACCGUCUGUCUCAUCGGCAUCAAAGAUCACGCUUUGUACCCAUUGCUGGCCAUCGAAGUUCUGUCCCAGGUGUACCUGACACUGCGAUUCCUCGUCCCACUGGUGAUGCUUCGCCUGACGGGCAAGGGUCUACUUCUGCCACUUGAAGGACUGGUUCGUCGAACCUUUAUCGGAUCAUUGAUAGACCUCCUCUCAAGUCUAGGCGUUCGAAUAUCAUUCCUACUCUUCGACGGUGAGCCAGCAUGGCUCUGCUGUCUAGCCUGCAAAGUGGAUGCUCUCAUCGCCAGCAGCGUGCUGCACUGGAUCACAAAGCCCACAAACUCGGAUUCAGAACGAAGACAGAAGCUAGGAGUAGGCUUUGGAGACAGCACUGCGACUCCCCCAAAUUUCGAUCUGGACUGUGAUGAGAUUUCGUACCUUCGCGCGCUGGAUCAGAAGAACACUCUCGGGUGCUCGAUUCAUAGUCUUGGGCUCGAUAGAUCGCAGUCGGAAAGCGCGCAGCGGCAUGAUAAUGCUCAUGUACAGGUUUCUGUGCAGCAGGUGUAG